GGGCUCGCGGUCCUCGCCAAGAGUCUCUGAUCAGAGUCCCGCCUGCCGAAGCCUGCGGCUGUCAAGCAGGAAGUGGACCUUUCUGAAGCCCCGCCCGGGAAUGGAGACGGGAAACCUUUCCACUGGCAGCCCCGCCUGCUGCCGAACCGGAGGCGGUACUCCUGGAGUCGUCUUGGUACCUUAAAGCAAACUCCGCUACUGCCUGGGCUCCCUUCACCUACAACCCUACCCACUGGGCGCCGCCAAACAGAAGGCGGGACCGCCGGGAGCACGGCCCACCGCUCCUGGCUUGGGAAGGAGAAGGCCCGGACUCGAACCCCUUUUUCUUUUCCUAGUCUUUUCCGCAGUCCCCUGGGUCCCAGCAUCCAAAGUGGGAGACCUAAAUAAUUCCGAGACGCCCCAGAGUCCUACCUCGACAUGCUUAGGCUGUCCUGGGAAGUCUCUCGAGAAGACUGAAGGAAUUUGGGAUUCUGAAGGGGCAGGAGAAUAGAUUAUAGAAAGGUGCCGAGAUGUGACAAGCUUCUUAUCUGGAGAGAGCAUCAUAUACUUCUUACCAAUUUUACAGUCAUUUUGGAUGAUUUGAUUAGUACCCACUUCCACCACUAGGCUGGGGUUCGCACCAAGGCAGGAAGGCCCCUGUGUCCUGGGAGCCUGCGACAUGCUUGACAGUAGGUGAUCAAUAAAUACCUACUGAAUGAAUGAAUGAAGCAGAUCUCAGGACUGUAUCCUCCCUCCACCCCUAAAGAGCAAGGCCAGGUUCCUCCCAAUGGCAGGUUCCUCCUAGACCCCAGAGAGUAGCAUUGCGUUACCCCCAGACACCGAAGGCCAGGGUGCCCUGUUACUCCCAACCCUGGAGGGUAGGGUGUGACCUCUACCUUUCAAGAGCAGGACGGUUGCAUGCCUCAGACUCCAGAUGGCAGUAAGUAUGCCCUUUCCCACCUCGACCGCUGAAUGCACAGCCGGGGACUCCCCGUACUCCUAGAGGUAGGAUUGUGUGUUCCCAAGAGAUCGGAGGUGAGGGUGGGGUGGGGGCAGAACCAAUGCCUUCCUCCUUGUCCCCUCCCUGCCACCUUCAAGGGCAGAACCGCAUGAACUCCUCAGAUCCCCAGUAGAAAGAUGUGACUCCACCAACCAAAUCCCAAAGAGCAAAGCCCCUGUUUCCUACAAUCCCCAAAGGAGGGUCGGCGUUCCCCCGCUGCACCAGACCCUCGAGCACAGGUCGGUGGACCUCCUCAGACCUCAGAAGGCUAGUAUCCAGUUCCCACAUCCCACAUUCCGGGUGGCCGGAGCGCAGGAGCCUGGCACCCCCACCUCCCCAUCUCUGUGGGUGCUCCAGAUUGAACGGCAGGGCGGCACUUCUCGGAAAGAGAAACCCGCGGGGCGGGGCCGAGGGUAGGGUGCCGUACGGGAAGGAGGAAGCACGGACCGGCGACGCGACUCUACAGCGCGGAAGCUCCAGGGCGGCUCGCCAUGGCUGCAGGAGUCCCCGGCGCAGGCUCGGCGACCCCCGUCCCCUCCAUGUCCUCCCUGCCCUUGGCUGCACUCAACGUGCGAGUACGGCGCCGCCUGUCGCUGUUCCUGAAUGUGCGGACGCAGGUCGCGGCCGACUGGACCGCUCUGGCAGAGGAGAUGGACUUCGAGUACUUGGAGAUCCGGCAGCUGGAGACGCACUCCGAUCCCAUGGGCAGACUGCUGGACGACUGGCAGGGACGCCCCGGCGCCUCGGUGGGCCGUCUGCUGGAGCUGUUAGCUAAGCUGGGCCGCGACGAUGUGCUGCUGGAACUGGGGCCCAGCAUCGAGGAGGAUUGCCAAAAGUAUAUUCUGAAGCAGCAGCAGGAGGAGUCUGAGAAGCCCUUACAGGUGGCCGCUGUAGAUAGCAGCGUCCCACGGACAGCAGAGAUGGCGGGUAUUACCACACUUGAUGACCCCCUGGGGCAAAUGCCUGAGCGAUUUGAUGCUUUUAUCUGCUACUGCUCCAGCGACAUCCAGUUUGUGCAGGAGAUGAUCCAGCAGCUGGAACAGACAAACUAUCGGCUGAAGUUGUGUGUGUCCGACCGCGAUGUCCUGCCUGGCACCUGUGUCUGGUCUAUCGCCAGUGAGCUCAUUGAGAAGAGGUGCCGCCGGAUGGUGGUGGUUGUCUCAGAUGAUUACCUGCAAAGCAAGGAAUGUGACUUCCAGACUAAGUUUGCGCUCAGCCUCUCUCCAGGUGCCCAUCAGAAGCGACUAAUUCCUGUCAAGUACAAGGCAAUGAAGAAAGAGUUCCCCAGCAUCCUGCGGUUCAUCACUGUCUGCGACUACACCAACCCCUGCACCAAAUCCUGGUUCUGGACUCGCCUUGCCAAAGCCUUGUCCCUGCCCUGAAGACGGCCCUGGGACCCCAGGGUGUGCAUGUCUGUCCGCCGGUACAUGUACUUCUGGCCCGGCCUCCUCCUGUGGUUGUAGGGGGACUCUGUUCCACUUGCCUCUCAAUUCUUGGAGAUACCAACUCCCCAGGGACAUCUGUAGCCAUGCUACAGACCUGGACAUCACAUCUCACAUCCUGCAUGGACUCAGUGGCUGUAAGUGUGUCCACUUGCUGGGUUAUCAGCCAGGACACUGAAAACCAGAGGCAGCUGGGACUACCAAGUGGACCAGAGGAGGCAGCUCUGACCUGUCCACACAUCUUAGACCUCAGUUUUUCCACUAGAGAACUGAGGAGGAUGGGAGAACAGGCAGUAGCUAUGUUUGAAUCACUGUAGGAAAUGGUAAAGCAUUGUUCUGGCUCUCUCGGGGACACAGAUCUUGGCUGAGAAAGAGCUGGUCCAUACGUUGGCCACUGCUUGGGACCACCGCGCUGCCAGGGCAGCUGCUUCCACAAUGGUGCCUACUUGUUGCCCACCUCCCAUUCCACUUCCUCCUGCUCCAUGGGGUAGAUGCUGGCCCAACCCAGGGAGAUCCCAACUUGAGCCUAAUUCCCCAAUGGGUUCACCUCUCAUCUGCCUCUUUGAUUCCUCCCAGCCUCUGCCCACCUUCAGUGUGACAAGUCCCUUGAGUAGCUGGGGCUGCUUUUCACAUCCACCCAUCAAGAUGACUGUGGUCAUACUCUCAGCUCUGCCUGGCACGGGAUGGGAUCCAUCAAGUUCGGAUUCUGAGGUUGGGUCACCAUGGUGGUGUAAGCAGGAAACAUUCCUCCCUGGGCCACCUACACAGAGCUUUCCAUCAACCUUCUGUAAAUUGAUUGCCUUACAAAGUUGUUUGCUGGGACCAGUUUACAGCAGGUGACCACACAAGGGCCUCCUGCCCCAAACCUUGUGGGCACAUGACACAUACACACACAGACACAUACACACACACACUCACACACACACACACACACUCACACACCUUCAUGCACGCAUUUCCCUGGGUACAGUACCCAGAUAUGGCUGGGUGAGAGUCCUACCAUUGAAGAGGCCGAACCUGGACAAAGAUGGGACCUUCUUCUAUUCCUUUGCUCUUUCUUCCCACUUCACUGAAACCAGACUCAAGAAAGGACCAAUAUGCCAGCAUUUACACCUUCAGUGAAACACAGAACAAGGAAGAGGGCUGCUUGAAUUCACACGGCAAGUCAGCUCCCGCACAGCUGUUUUUCCCUCCCUGGGGGAUUUGUACCUUAGUGAACUUCAAGCUCUCCUUUGGGGAGAAAAUGUCAUGGUCUCAGGUCUCUGUCCCAGGGUAGAACCUAGGACCCUAAAUCUAAUAGAAAAUGGGUGCCUUCUCUGCUCCACCUCUAGCCAGGGCUGGAGCAACGUACCUUUCCUGGGGGUCUGGGGAGGGACUGGAGGCCCCCCCGCAUGAUCGUAGUGAAGCACUUAGUUACCAUGCGCCUAUCUCCACUUUGAUAUGGGGAGUAUUUUACAACAAUUUCAACAAAGUAUCUCACACCUAUUUUGUACGCAUUGUGAGAAUUUCAAAGAGCUGAGAAAUGCCUGUAUGUGUCAUUUCUCCUUCUGUAUCCUGGUUUUAUAAUAAAGAGUUUUCUACUUUGGGAA